UCCUUGUAAAUUUGGCGCGAAAAUCAGUACUAAUAGUGAGGUCAUGCUUUUUCAUUUUAGCCAUUUUUCCAUUUCCCAAACAAAACCCAAAGCAUGGAUUCAACACCUUCCGCAAAACGACGUCGUCAGAGCAAAGACGACGAGAUUGAAGCUGCAUCAACGUUGACGAAACAAAUGCCACCGGUGGUUAUCUUUGCUCACGGUGCCGGUGCUCCUUCCUCUUCUGAUUGGAUGCAAAGAUGGAAGAGUAUGUUGAUGGAAACCCUACAUGCUGCUGAUGUUGUCACGUUUGACUACCCUUACAUGUCUGGUGGGAAAAAGAGGGCUCCUCCUAAGGCAGAAAAGUUGGUGGAGUUUCAUUCAGAUAUUGUGAAAGAAACAGCAACUAAAUACCCUGGUCAUCCUCUCAUACUGGCUGGCAAAUCAAUGGGUUCAAGAGUUGGAUGCAUGGCGGCGAACAUGGAAGACAUCAAUGUUUCUGCCGUUCUAUGCUUGGGCUACCCAUUAAAGGGAAUCAAUGGUGCGGUUAGAGAUGAAACACUGUUACAGCUAACAGUUCCUACAAUGUUUGUACAGGGCAGCAAGGAUAGUCUCUGUCCACUUGAUAAGUUAGAGACCACUAGGAAGAAGAUGAAAGCGCUCACUGAGCUGCAUAUCAUUGAUGGUGGCGAUCACUCUUUUAAGAUUGGCAAGAAGCAUCUACAAGCAAACGGUUCCACCCAGAUUGAUGCCGAAGUUGCUGCUAUGAAGGCCAUUGCCGCUUUCAUUUCCAGAUCCCUUGAAGGUUGAUUCUACAGUGUAGCAAGGUUUGUGCUAUUGUAUAUACACUCUGCUGUAUGUAGCUUUGUAGUAAUCUAGGUCUUGUUCUUGCAAGUGGGCUGUAAUUUUAUUUUUUGUGAUUUGGUCAAGAGUGGGCUGUAAUUUUAUUUUUUGUGAUUUGGUCAAGUUAUUUUCCUUGCUAGCAGAGUAGACAUUAGACAUAUAUGAAUUUGUUGCUCUGGCAGUACUAGAAACCUACUUGGUGAGAACAUGUUGUUUAACUUAAUUCAGUUUUACAUAUUAA